AUGAAGACUCGUUCAUUGCUCAGCAGUCAGUCUCUAUCACUAGUGAUUGGUGAACUGCGUUGGAUUCAACCGCAUCCUUUUCAUUCGCUUCACCUUCUUUUACUUUUAAAAGUGUUAAGAGUCAAGUGCUUUUUGAGGAUGCUACUUCUGAUAAUCCUUAGCCUUGCUGGAUUCUCGCUGGCCUUUAUGGGGGGCUCAACACAAUCCGUGGAGGUUACUGGACGUUUGGUCUGCAAUGAAGAACCAGCUGCUGAUGUCAAAGUUGAACUAUAUGACGAGGAACUGUUUUCUGUAUUUGAUCACAAAAUGGAUGAAGAAAGAACUAAUCAAACCGGUGGAUUUCGUCUUUCUUAUACAGACAAAGAACAUAGCACUAUCGAUCCUAAGUUGUACAUAUAUCACAGAUGCGAGUACGGAUGGCCCUGCGACAGGAAACUUGCCAUUGGCAUCCCAAAGGACUUCGUUAGCCAAGGCACCAUACCAUUUAAAACCUUUGAUAUCGGUAUAAUCAAUCUAGCUGGCAAAUUUACUGGUGAACGUUGGUGUCUCUGA